AUGCUCCUCACCCGCCUCGCCCCCCUCCCGCGCGCCGCGCGCCCCCUGACCCGCACGCUGGCCAGCACCCCCAUCAUCCGCAAGAAGCCCGCCUUCGACGCCGACAAGGUCUCCUUCACGGACCGCGACCCCGCCCUCCGGGACGCCGAGUUUGGCGGCGUCACCCCCGGCGUGACUGGUGCCGCGCUCGCCGGCGCCGAGGCCUCCGCAUUCGAGGACGACAGCGGCGCCUUCACGCCCAUCGUCAACGACCCGCGCGGCGCGGCCGAGUCGGCCGCCGGCGCCAAGAACGUCUCGGCUGCCGACCAGAGCGGCAUCAAGCCCGCCAAGUUUGACGCCGACAAGGUGUCCUUCACGCCCUCGGACGCGCCGCUGCGCGACGCCGAGUUUGCUGGUGUCACGCCCGGCGUCACUGGCGCGGCGCUUGCCGGCGCCGAGGCUGAGGCUUUUGAGGAGGAGAAGUAG